AUGACCGUCGGUCAGUCCUCGGUCUUCACCUCCGACUACCGCAAGGCCAAGAUCUCCGCCGCCAACAUCUUCCGCCUUCUGGACAGAAGGAGUCGCGAGGCGGAAGUGACCGGAAGUGAGAUUCGGGACUUCCAAGGGAACGUCGCGUUCGCCGCCGUCCACUUCCAUUAUCCCGGUCGCCCCGAAGCGCGCGUCCUCCGCGGCCUCUCCCUCGAAGUGAAGAGCGGCCAGAAGGUGGCGCUGGUGGGCGCUUCCGGUUGCGGAAAGUCCACUUCCGUGCAGCUGUUGGAGCGCUUCUAUGACGUCACGCGCGGCGCCAUCCACGUGGACGGGCGUGACGUCACUUCGGUGGACAGGCAUUGGUUGCGCCGCCAGAUGGCGCUCGUGUCGCAGGAGCCGACGCUCUUCUCGGGAACCAUUAGAGAGAACAUCGCUUAUGGCGCGCGUGACGUCACGUUCGACGCGAUCGUGCGCUCCGCCCAAAUGGCCAACGUCCACGACUUCGUCCAAUCGCUGCCCUCGCAGUACGAAACGCGUGUCGGCGCACGUGGCGCGCAACUGAGUGGUGGCCAGAAGCAGCGCAUCGCCAUCGCGCGUGCGCUCAUUAGAGAUCCUCGCAUUCUGCUGCUGGACGAGGCGACGUCUGCGCUGGACACGGCUUCGGAGGAAUGCGUGCAGAUGGCGCUGGAGGAGGCGGCGAAGGGAAGGACGUGUUUGGUGAUCGCGCACCGCAUGUCCACCGUGAGGAGCGCUGACGUCAUUUGUGUGCUGGAGAGGGGCGCAGUGGUGGAGAGCGGAAGUCACGAGCAGUUGAUGCAAAGAAAAGGCGUUUAUUUUCGACUCAAUUCUCUUUAA